CAAACUGCGCCUUUAAUGGGAGAGCCUGUAAGCCCCGCCUUCCUCCUGUCACACACGUCAGCUGGAGGGUUGUGCGGAGAAUUUAGAUGCAAAAUAAGAAGGAAGAUUAGGAUCGGAAGAGGAGACCCUGUCAGGGGCGUGCAAGUGCCAGGCGCUGGGGAAGGACAUACUGCUGCUGUGAGGGAAUCAUUACGCCUCGGCUGUUAGGAAUAAAGGGAAAUUAAAGUGUUUGGAGCUAGUGGGACGCCAGGCUGUAUCACCAUGUCUUCAGAUCCCACCACUCCCACUCAACCUCUCCACUCUCCUAAAUCUCCUGUCGCCACAUCAUAUCCGUUCCACAGGGAAGGCAGCAGACUAUGGGAAAGAAGUCAUCUCUUUUUGGGGGAACUUCCUAGCCCCCUCCCAACCAAGAGGACACGGACAUAUUCAGCUACUGCACGUGCCUCUGCAGGACCCAUUUACAAAGGUGUCUGCAAACAGUUUUCACGUUGCCAAGGUCAUGGCUUCAUCACCCCUGAAAACGGAACAGAAGAUAUAUUUGUGCACAUUUCUGAUAUUGAGGGAGAGUAUGUGCCAGUCGAAGGAGACGAGGUUACAUACAAGAUGUGCCCGGUUCCACCCAAGAACCAGAAAUUUCAGGCUGUGGAGGUCAUCUUAACUCAUCUUUCCCCUCACACAAAGCAUGAGACAUGGUCAGGACAGAUCAUAAGCUCAUAAGCUCAUAGACUGUACUAGAACCUUUCAGAAAUGGUGGGGACCAAGCAAGAUAUGAUAAUUGCCAUGUUGACCUUGUAUCUACAGCUGCCAUAGACCCUAGAUCUUUUGGAAAGGUUGAGCCAGCGUAUACUGACAUCUUUCUCAGUAUUUAUUGUGGGACUUUCAAUCCCGAAAAGUAGAUAGACCGUAAAGAACUGGUUCCAGCUAUCUGUAAGAUCUAUGAAGCUUCAAUUAUAUACUCAUUUUGGUGCCAUUAUCACCAUUAACGUUGUAUUGGGAACCUACCUAGGAUCUAAAAGUCUGCAGCUGUAAGGCAAUUGUUCUGCAGUUAUCAUGGUUCUUUUAUGUGGGUUUUGGUUUUUGGAAAUCUCAUUUGAUGAAAGCAUUCAAAAGCCAGUUAUGUCGCUGAAAUUCACAUAUGACCAAACCAGGUCUCUUUCUUUCUCUUUCUUAUCUUUCUUUCUACACUUUGCAUCAUCACAAUGCCUUGUUGCUAAAACUUCAGGGUUUUGGAUGCAAGUGGGGGUGUGCUACAGUCAUUCCUUUCUUUCUUUUAUUUUUUGCACUUUGUUGUUCCGAUUUUCAUUCCUGCUUUUGCAUGUUCUUUACCGAUUUAUAGACACAAAUUGUAGCUGUUUUUCAAUGAAUCGACUUAAUCAUCACCUGAACUCUGGAGAAGAGACAUUUGUGUCACAUUACUGCAUAUUUUCUACUUUGUGUGUAUUGAUAUAAUCGUGUAUUAGCAUGGAGCAGGAGGCAUUGGAACUGCAUUUUACUUCCUGUGAGGCAAGAAAUCAUAGAAAUGGUUUUGACAGAAGCAUCAUUUGUAUAUAAGCUACAAUGCAUUUUUCAUUUCAUGCUUGCUUACAUUGAAUUUGAAUAAUAUUUUAUUUUCUGCAGCAUACAUUGGCAGAACAGGACAAGCCUACUGUAGGGACAUCCCUUGCAAGUUAAACAAUUCACCCCAAGCUAACUGAUUAAACUUGCAAAGGCUGUCCCUGCAUUCACUUGCAAAGGCUGUGCCAGUUCUUUUAUUGUGUAUAGGAAGGAGUCAAUCCCUCCAGCACAGAGCACUGGCCUUAUGUUUACUGGGAAGGUGAGGGUGGGUUGUUGACUUAUUUAGUAAGUUAAGUUUUUAACCUGCCUAACUGCCAGUUUGUUUAAAACUUGAGCCUGGCAUAAAAACAAGAACAGGAAGACACAAACACAAAAAGGGAAAGACGCGGCCACCUGUUAGUUUUCAGUUGCUGUAUAUUUCAUUCCUGUGUGGUGCCGUGGUGACAUUUUUGAUUGAAAGAUGUUCUUUUUCAACCACCAUCGCUUAUUGUGGCUGACUAUAGCUAUUCUUGCCUUUAGUUUGUGACCAUGAUUGAUUAUCUUAAUAUUUUCCUGGUAGUGGGGCAGUGAUAUUUAGGGCACAGAGUGUAGGCUCUGAUACAUAUUUUUGCAGGCUGAAAGAAGCGAAUCUGCUCCAUUGAUUGAAGCCUCUUCCACCUGUGUAGGCGCAAACACACAGUGGUCGGCCUCAAGAUGCCUCCUAUUGCAUAUUUGGGCUGACCUCCAAUGCAUGUGAGUGCACAGAGCAGGGGCAUGGACUGCAUGCACUUCUCUCAGCCUGCAAAAAUACACUUACAGCUCCUUGGGCCUCAAAUUUUGUUUAGCAGCUUUUUUUACAUGAUGUGAUGCCAGUAGCUAUUGUCUGCUCCAGUGCUGCAUUAAGCAGGCAGGGGUCUAGCACCAAGAGGAGCUAUGCGAAUAUCACUGAUAGGCUGGUGACUGCUGGGCUGUUGCUGAUGGUCAAGGACAGACGUUGACUCAAUUUAUGUGACAUAUGAACCCCUAUUAGUUAAACUAUACGUUGGGAAGCUGUAGUUUCACAACAGCUGUAAGGCUGCAGGUUGUAUAUUCUUAUAAUUAAGACUUACACCCUGCACAAUUACAGUAAUGUGCAACAGAAUAAAGGGUUCCACUCUCCAAAAAAUAGAAAGAAAAAAGGUUCCGCAAAAUUUUCGGAGUCUCUCUCGCUCUCCACCAGCUUACUGUGUCUUUGAAACACAUUGAAUUUAAAUUCCCAUCAUGCUGCAGUAGUCCUGUGUCCCGGGAUAAUGAUCACUCUCUCCCAAGCACCACUCCACACUCCUCAAAGACACAAAGAAUAUUAUGUGUCUAUUAAUGGACACCAUAGCCAGAAAGUACUCACAGCAGAAUAUGUAGCUGUUGUGAUGUUGUGAUGUUGCAACCAGUAAGUAAAUCCCUCAGUUUACAUUCACUACUGUGCUGACCCUGAGGCUGCUCUGUGACACAGGCUUGGAUGCUUUUCCGUGGCAGUUACAACCAGCAGAAGAACACUGGUGCCAAUAUUUUACCUAAGAAUGAGCUUCAAAGAUGUAUUUAUUUUGUUAAGAAAACACAGUACCCCGAUAUAUUGACUCCCCUGCUCUAAUCCACAUUACAGAGCCUUACAAGCCAUCACUGGGAUUAUGUAUUUUCCGUACUUUACUGAAAUAUCUUUGCUGCUUUAAAUGACUUAAAUGCAGGGUAGGAUAUUUUUUGUAAAUAUUUCUUUUUGGGGAUUAAAGCACAAUUAUAGCUCAAAGCAUUAAAAACCAUCUUGCACGCACAUCUCUAUAUUUAUCUUUCAUUGCUGAUCACACAGACAGCAAGACGUCCAGCUAUUUGCACAGGCCAAUAGUCACUCUUCUUCAUCACUCACAGCCUGCAGCCUUUCUGCUUGGAUCACUAUGAAAAAGUCUUAAAAAAAAGGGAAAGCAUCAUUUGAAAUUCAGAACAUAUAACCUCAAAUAAAGGGCCAGAUUCAGAUUUAUGAAUAAACGUUAUUUUAUGGCUUUUAACAUGAAAACAUGGGCGAGAUUCAAUUUGAGGAGAAAAUGUUUUCAUGUGAUAAACAAACAAACACAUAAGUUUUGUUUUUUUCUCAU